CUGCCUCCUGUGUGUAACAAGGCAGAUGUGAUGACUUUCUAAACUUUCUUGAUGUAUCAUCUUAAGAUUAUGGGUCUGAUUAAUUAAACGGCAUGAUUCUACUUCAUUAAUUCCAGGGGAUUUGGUUGUUACAUUAAAGUACAAAACAGCUUACUUGCAGCGGUAUAUAGAAGGAACCACUCCAAACUUUUUCAGCCUAUUCAUCUUUGGCACAUUUCUCGUAUGGUUUAACGGUUCAGUCAUGGCAUCAAAGACGGCGAUAGUCUAUGAUGAAGAAAUGACCCGCUACAAACUUCUAUGGGUCGACCCUGCUUGCAAAAUUGAGGUACCAGAGCGUCUCACAGCCAGUCAUGGGGCACUGCUUUCUAAAGGGUUAUUAGAGCGCUGCGUCUCCAUUCCUGUUCGUCAAGCAACAGAUGAGGAGAUACUGUUAGCACACAGUGAGGAGUAUCUGGAAGCUGUCAAGCAGACGCCCCACAUGACUCUGGAGGACCUCAUGACGUUCACCCAGCAGUAUGGAGAUGUCUAUUUUCAUCCGAACAUAUUCCACUGUGCCAAACUGGCAAUAGGGGCCACGCUGCAGCUGGUGGACAGUGUGAUGACAGAAAAAGUGAGGAAUGGAUUAGCCCUUGUGAGACCACCUGGCCACCACAGUCAAAGGAGUGCCGCCAAUGGCUUCUGUGUGUUCAACAAUGUUGCAAUAGCUGCCCUUUAUGCAAAGAAACACUAUAACCUUAAAAGGGUAUUAAUCGUUGAUUGGGAUGUGCAUCAUGGACAAGGGGUCCAAUACUGUUUUGAGGACGACCCAAGUGUUCUCUACUUCUCCUGGCACCGCUAUGAGCACCAGAGCUUUUGGCCCAAUCUCCCAGAGUCAGACUAUGACAGUGUGGGAAAGGGGAAAGGAGCGGGAUUCAAUAUCAAUGUGCCAUGGAAUAAGGUGGGGAUGGACCACAGUGACUACCUCUCUGUCUUCUUCCAUGUCUUGCUGCCAGUUGCUUAUGAGUUCAACCCUGAGCUAGUUCUGGUGUGUGCAGGUUUUGAUUCUGCAAUUGGAGAUCCAGAGGGUCGCAUGAAUGCAACUCCAGAGAUCUUUGCUCAUCUCACUCACCUGUUGAUGCCCCUGGCUGGUGGAAAGUUGUGUGCUGUUCUUGAGGGUGGCUACAACUUGACUGCACUUUCUCAGUCAGUGUGCCAGACCGUCCAAAGUCUUCUUGGAGAUCCUGCACCACAGCUGGCCAACAUUAGCUUUCCUUGUGAGAGUGCCCUGGAGUCUCUUCAGAAUGUAAGAUCCGCACACCAACCGUACUGGACUUGCUUUAAACAUUCUGCAGUGGGAGCUGUGUCCGAGCCCAGUACCAAACGCAGCAGGGUGGAGGAAGGAGGGGCUGAGAACCCCCAGCUACCAGAGCAACAGCAGCCGGAGCAGCAGCAGCUGACUGGAGAGUCAGGGGACACGUUGGAGGAGGAAAUUGAGUGGCCUGAGCCCCUGCCAAGGUCAGCUCCUCCUGUGCGCACUGCUGUAGCACUCCCUGCUGGUGUGGAGGCCUCACUGCCAGAAGGCUGUCAGCGCUUGGAGGAGGCAACCCAAACUUCUGAUAAGACUUUGGAAAAAAUUAGAGAUCAUUUAAAUGAAAAAGGUAUGAAGGAUGAGGAGGAGAUUGCAGCACUCAGGAAACUUGUGUCUCUUUUGGACAAAAUGAACUGUAAAGAGAUCCGCAAUGGUUUGGCAACGGUGCCAGAUAUGCCCCUGGCUGUGAAGGUUGCUGUUCAGCAUGCUCUAACCUCUGUUGACCGAGUCCUUGUGGUACUUGUUGGAGAUGAUGAGUGGCCUGUGGAUUUACAUGAUGGGAGAGUCCUAUUGGUUCAAAUCUGCUGUAAAGAGCCUGCAACCCCCAAAUCCCAGUACCACAUUCCAGUGUGUAUAAAACAGGGGCCAGGGGAUGUAGCUGGGUUUCUACAGGCCGUGCUGAGUCUCCUGUUGCCUGUGGCGUAUCAGCAUAACCCAGGGCUGGUGCUGGAGGUCUGGACCCAGGGCAGCGGGGUGAAGGAGGCCGCAUGGGCACAGCUCACCAGCCUGCUCCAGGGCCUUGCAAUGGGGCACACACUCGCCCUGCUGCAGAAGUCUGAGGAUGGCCCUGUGAGGGCCACCGCAGCCUCUCUGAUGGGGACCCCUGCCCCUGACCUAGGACCCCUGGGGGCCCUCUGCCCUGAGGAUGUCCAAGCCAUGGAGAAGCUUAGGACCAGACUGGAGAACAAGUGGGAGAUGCUUCACAUCUCUGUUCCCACUAAGGGUCAGGAUUAAAACAAAUGAACUGGACGUCGUUUAAGUUUUGAAACACACUUGGAUAAUGUAACAGUCACCAUUUGAAUUGUACUUCCCAUAAUAUUUUACAUUAAAGAGGAAUUUGAUACUAAUGUUGUGUUUGGCUUGUCUCUAUGGUUGUGAUGAUACAUCUUUUAUGAAGGCUUCAUCACAAAUGAAUGACUUUCUAAAACACCACCCUCUUCAAGGAUUGUGAAACAUUUGCUUUGGUGU